AUGGCUGCUCCAGACAAUUUCAAGACGUGCAAGGUCAUCCUGGCCGACACCAUUGCCAAGAACCUGCUGGCCGAGGUCAAGGACACCCUCAAGACGAUCCAGCUCGACAACGAGGGCAAGCCCACCUUGGUCGCCUUCCUCGCCAACGACGAUCCAGCCGCCAUCAAGUACGCCGAGUGGUCCAAGAAGACUUGCGAGGAGAAUGGCUUCAACUUUGACCUCCGCCAGGUCGACAAGGACACCCUCGAGGAGGACAUCAUGGCCGCCAACGACGAAGCCAAGGUCGACGGCAUCAUCGUCUACUACCCCAUCUUCCCCGGCAACCCGGCGCACGACAAGUACAUCCAGGAGACGGUUGCCCUCGAGAAGGACGUGGAGGGCCUGUGCCACAAGCACAUCUACAACAUGUACCACAACACGCGUUUCCUAGACGCGCCGCACAACCUCAAGAAGUCCAUCCUCCCCUGUACGCCGCUCGCAGUCGUCAAGAUCCUCGAGUACCUGCAGAUCUACAACGCCAUCCUCCCCUACGGCAACCGGCUCUACGGCAAGACCAUCACCGUCAUCAACCGCUCCGAGGUCAACGGCCGGCCCCUGGCCGCCCUGCUCGCCAACGACGGCGCGACCGUCUACUCGGUCGACAUCACCGGCGUCCAGCUCUUCACCCGCGGGCAGGGCAUCAAGCAGCCCCGCCACAAGACCGAGGAGAAGGAAGGCUGGGGGCUCAAGGACUGCAUCCCCAUCAGCGACGUCAUCAUCGGCGGCGUGCCCACCGAGAAGUACAAGGUGCCCACGGAGCUCAUCCGCGACGGCGCCGUGUGCAUCAACUUCUCGUCGUUCCGCAACUUUGACGGCCCGGCCGUCAAGGAGAAGGCCUCCAUCUACGUCCCCUCGGUCGGCAAGGUCACCAUCGCCGUGCUGCUGCGUAACCUUGUGCGCCUCAUCGCCAACCGUCCAUCCACGAAAGCGGACGGCACUACCGACGACUCUACCGCCAAGGCCAAGAGCGACGCUUUCCUCGACGGUUGA